AUCUCUCCAAAUUUGAUAUAUCUUUCAGUCACCGAUCGUUCUCGCUGGAACUCGCAUCAUGACCGCCGACGAACCGCAGAUUGUGGCCAUUAGUGUCAGCCACAAGCCACAAGUGGGAUACUUGAAGGAGGAGCCCACCUGGAUUCACUGUCCUUCGUGUGAGAAGUCUGGAACCAGUGUGUUGCAACUGGAGUUGGUCACUUGCCUGCAGAGAUUUCUGGGAUUCACCAAACUUUGUAAGAAGUGGUCUGGGCGCCAGGACAUCAAUCACUAUUGUUCGCACUGCGGCUGCUUCAUUGGAAGAUUUGUGCCCAUCAGUUGCAUGGAACGGUGCAUUUCGAGAUCAGCUCGUAAACAGGCGGCAGUGGAUGAGAUGACCCUGAAGACACGACCCAAGGAUUGCGCUGAACGGGCUCAGAAAUCCAGGGAGAAAGUUCUGGCCAGCAGAGAAAAGAAAAGAGCCGAGAAAGCAGCCAAGGAUCUGGAAAAAUCCCAAACGCAAAUAGCAGUACAUCAAUAGUCAAGUCAUCAAGUGCUUCUGGCUUUAAAAACUCACAACAUCGAAUAAAAACAUCUUUUUUCGUGUUUAGAACAGUAAAAAAAAUAUAA